GCGCAGAGAGGCGUCGGCACCGCCACGAGCACGCGUUGUGAGGCAAGAUGCAGUCUGCUCAGGAGGUGCUGAAGACGUUGCGGGUGCCCGAGCUGGAUGAGGUGCGUCAGUACGUGCGCUCGCUGCCGGCGCCGGCGCUCAUGGGGCUGGGCGCGCUGGGCACCAUGACGGCUUACUGGCUCGCCACGCGACCCCGCGCUCUGUCCGCACCCUGUGACCUCUCAAAGCAGUCUCUACCCGUCAAGGGCCUGGAGUACGUGCGCAGGAGUACACUUGUACCAGACGACAAUACAUUCUUCACGUAUUUUUAUGAGGAUGCCCGCACAGGAUAUGAAGUAUUCCAAAGAGGACUUCGAAUGAGCAAUAAUGGACCGUGCCUUGGCCACAGGAAACCAAAUCAUCCCUACGAGUGGAUCUCUUACAAAGAGACUUCGGAUCGUGCAGAGUAUCUGGGGUCGGGGUUCCUGCACCGUGGGGCAAAGCCAUCGUCUGAGCAAGUCAUCGGGAUCUUCUCACAGAAUCGGCCUGAGUGGAUCAUUGCGGAGCAAGCCUGCUACACAUACUCCUUGGUGGUGGUCCCCCUCUAUGAUACGUUGGGACGAGAAUCCAUUGACUACAUCAUCAGUCAGGCGGAGAUCUCCACGGUGGUCUGUGACAAGUUGGAGAAGGUGAAGGGCCUGCUGGAGAGCAUAGAGGAGGGUGCGAUCCGCAUCGUCAAAACCAUCGUGGUCAUGGAGCCCUUCGACGGCGUGAUGGAGCAGCGUGCCCGCAAUUGCGGAGUCGACUUAAUCCUUUUCCGCGAGCUUGAGGUCAUUGGAAAGACAAAUCACAGAAAGCCAAUUCCUCCUCAGCCAGAUGAUAUCGCCAUCAUUUGUUACACAAGUGGAACGACAGGAAAUCCUAAGGGUGCUAUGCUAACCCACAAGAACAUGAUUUCCGACUUCUCUGCUUUCUUGGCCGUUACUAAGGAUACGUUUUUACCCAACAAGGACGACGUUUUAAUCUCAUUCCUCCCACUGGCUCACAUGUUUGAAAGGCUUGUUGAGGCCUCCAUUUUCUGCAACGGUGGCCGAGUAGGUUUUUAUCAGGGUGAUAUAAGGUUACUCAUGGACGAUAUGAAGGUUCUGCAACCCACCGUCUUCCCUGUCGUACCACGUCUGCUCAACCGAAUCUAUGACAAAGUGCUCAGUGGUGCCAAAUCGCACUUCAAGCGUUGGCUGCUGGAUUUUGCCGUGAGCCGGAAGAUGGCCGAGUUGCGCUGCGGCGUCGUGCGAAAGGACAGCAUCUGGGACAAGCUCAUCUUCCACCGUGUACAGGCGAGCAUGGGAGGCCGUGUCCGCUUCAUGGUCACUGGAGCCGCCCCCAUCUCCGCGUCUAUCCUCACCUUCCUUCGAGCCAUCCUUGGCUGCCAGGUGUACGAGGGCUUUGGGCAGACCGAGUGUACAGCUGGGUGCACCUUCACCAUGCCCAGCGACAGCACCGCGGGUCACGUGGGACCUCCGAUGCCGUGUAACCACAUCAAGGUGGUGGAUGUAGCAGACAUGAACUACUUUGCUGCCAACGGAGAGGGAGAGGUGUGUGUUUAUGGCACAAAUGUGUUCAAGGGUUACCUGAAGGACCCGACGCGGACAGCUGAGGCUCUGGAUGAGGAUGGCUGGCUCCACACGGGCGACAUCGGCAAGUGGCUGCCUAAUGGAACACUGAAGAUUGUUGACCGGAAGAAGCACAUCUUCAAGCUGUCGCAGGGAGAGUACAUCGCCCCAGAGAAGAUUGAGACGGUGUACGUGCGCAGUGAGCCCGUGGCCCAGGUGUUCGUGCACGGAGACAGCCUGCAGUCUUGCCUGGUGUGCAUCGUGGUGCCGGACAUGGAUGUUCUGCCAAGCUGGGUGCAGAAACGAGGCAUCAAGUGUAACCCAAACUCUCUGUUCAUAAACAAGGAUGUCCGUGCAGCCAUCCUUCACGACAUGGUGCGUCUGGGCAAGGAGGCUGGGCUCAAGUCGUUUGAGCAGGUACGAGCUGUCCACCUGCACUCAGACCUGUUUAGCAUUGAGAACGGGCUUCUGACACCGACGUUCAAAGUGAAACGGGCCGAGGUAUCCAAGUUCUUUCAUUCAGAAAUAGACAACCUGUACGCUGGCAUUACUGUAUGAGCUCUGGCAGACGAAGAAACGUCGUCUCCUUCAGGCAUUUGUUGAAGGGCCUGUUGUGAAGGUGGCUAAGAAGUAAAAAAAUCAAGCCUUGUUUUUGACAUUGUGCAAAAUCUUCAAGUUGAGUUUCCAAUACAAUGUAACCUUGUAAAACACAAAACUGUCACGCUAUGGAUGCUAUUGAUUCGAUCGACGAGGGGGUGGAGAAUGUAUAAUUUUUAUACGUGUGUACAUAUUUUCUACAGCUUAUUGUGUUGGGAAACCCUUAAGAUCAAAAAAUGUAACAAAGGUAUGUACGCAGCUCACCAGCAACAAUAGAUGUUUUUUGCAGAUGGUUCCUUGAAAGAUAAACAACUGGGAAUUAUUUCAGGAGAGUACAUUUUACAAAACACUAACCAGUGGGAUAGACACAAGGCACUGUGUUAAAGGCAGGAGGACUGCUUUGAUUUUCCUUUCAUUGUAAUGGUCCACAACAUGGGAGACUGCAUUGCUCGCUAUUUUGCUACCUCUGUCUUGCGAGACACUGAUUUGCUAACAUAGAAUAUGUUAUUUAAAAUAAAAUGACGAAUCUUGUGUACAGGGUAUAUAGGAAUGUGUAGAGGAGACAUGCUAUCCCAUGGACCAUGUUUCUCAAGGGCUGCUGUGAAAGUGUAUUCUUCCAAACAAAGUACUAUUGAGGAAGAAUGGUGGAAAUCGGUUUAUCAAUUUACUCAUAACAAAACCAUAUGUAGAGGUGUCAUUUCAUGUCUAGCUACAGUAAAUUGUACACGAUUCUCAUUCUACAUGCAUUUGUUGUGGAUUUUAGGAGAGAAUACAGGCUUUGAGGGGUUGUGGCAUGGUUGGCAACAAAAGAACAAUUAUAAUUCUGUGCGAGCGUGACGGGAAGUUGAGCAGUUGGCACUAAGCAGUGUAGCCCUGCCAAUUAAGACUCGUAAAGUAACACUUUAAAUCUCACAGCUGGUGAAAAAGCAAGAAUUAUAAAAAUUCUGUAAAUGUUUCUCCUCCCCCUUGUUUGAAAUGCUGUCAGAUGUUGAAUACCUUUUUAAUACUGGCCAAUGGACUUUGAGCAAUUAAGUAAUGAUUAAAUUUUUAUUUAAAGCUUUCGUGACUGCAGGGAUUUCAUCUUCUUGGUUCUUUCGGUAAAGUCACGUAAAAGGGAAGUAAUAAAUUUUUUUUUAUUAUGUUUUAUUAUUUUAUUACUUCCCUUCUACGUGACUUUACCGAAAGAACCAAGAAGAUAAGUAAUGAUUGUAUUUUUUUCUGUGGGUGACAAAUACAGGUAAAAGCUGUAAAGCUUUGGUUAUGAACUGUGGCCGAUUUACUUUUCACUUUAUGCAAUGCAUAUUAGUGUUAAAGCAACACUGUCAAGGGCAUUAAUAAUAAUCAGAAAAAAUGUGUGCGUCAUAUAACUUGCGAAAAGGAAUUAAACGUCUAAAGUUUACAUGCCAAAUCUAACGGGAGGGGGGGGGAAGAUGUUUACACAAGUCUGCUGCAUUGCCGCAUUAAGGGUUGUUUUUGAAAAUGUAUUUAUUUUCACCAACCUGACGUGUAGCUGAUUUGUGCCAAAACAUGGGUUAGACCUUUAGACCUGGCAUAGUGUUACAUGAGCACAUAAGUAUUGAAGUGAGAUUUUAAUAAUAAAUGUGCAAAAGUCAAAAAGCUUCUGAAAAAAAACCCCCACUUUUCCUCUUCUGACAUGAGAUGCAGUGGCAUUUAUAUGCUGUAUAACUGCAAACUAUUUGUUGCUGGCCUCAAAACAGCAGGUGAAAUUAUUCUACCUUCUCCCGUAUGCCAUGCACAUAAGUGUUUCGUGUAAUGCUGUGGGUGAUGUUUGUUUUAAAGGCUUAAAAAAUGGAUUGGAGUUUUAUGAUGAAAUGCUUUAAAAAAUUUAAUUGUACUGUGUAUACAACUACUGUGCAUAGUUAUCACUAUGUGCGCUUUAAAUUAUGCAACUACUGUAUUACACAUCUGUCUUGUGAAAGUAUAAUCUUAUUUCAUUUUUAAUUAUAGCCAUAUAAUUAUACAAAUUUUAAACAAAUGUUCAAUCAACUGUGAGAUAAAAGGAUCAACAUGCCAUGUGGCUCUGAGAUAUUGUUUGACCAUACUUACCCAUACUGGUCAAUGCGGGUUUGUGAAUGGGGCUUUUCAAGACCGGUUCAUAUAUAUUAAUCACCCCUGAUGUUAGCCGUGUCUGGGAAUGGAACUCAGGUUACCAGUUGUAUAGUGCAUUGUGCAAACGAGCACGCCACUGCUCCACCCCAACAUUAUUACCAUGUCUGUAAUAAAAAUGUGCGAGUAUGCAAUGUUGAAUGUAAGACUACGUUAUGGGAAUUGUAUCUUUGUUACGGAACACACAGUCGUAUCUGGUCUCUUGGCAUAUGGCAUUAUGCAAAGUGGAUUAUACAAGCCUCAGCUGGGUAUUUUUGGGACUAGCUUAUUUGGUUUUAACGUAAUUGUUAGGCGGGUUACAAUCUGCUGUACAAAAUCCUAAGUAGAAUUGUGCCCGCAAAAUGAACGUGUGAAUCGUUGAGAGAGGACUUAAACAAGUGCGAGUCUUAACAUGAAGCUAGAUUCCCACCUAUCCACUCAAAUUAAACAGCCAUGUCGGACUGCAUUGAGUUUGCACCAGACUUAAGUAUAUAUGAUGACUUAUUUUUUCCCUAGUCCAUACCUUUUGUUGCCACCAAAAAAAUAGAACUCUUGUGUUGCCUCAUCAGUCAAUGCAUGCUAUCUUACUAAAUACGAAAGAGCAACUGACAUUGAAUAGAUCGUGUAGGUCGGAAUCCAUUAUAAUUUGUCAUAAGUCGUGUGACUUUUGUCAAAUCUCUUGAACUAUUAGGGAUAAGGAUCCACUUUAAUUGUGACCUCAUAUUUUACGUCCCUGUCAUACCAUCCCCAAAUACAUGGCAUGAAGCCAUUUUUUCAUUGUGUGUGUAUGCCGCUUUACUCUUUGCAUUAGUUGUGAAUAAUUCUUGCAAAACUUAAAUUACUGAUGUUUCUUGGAUUAUCUGUAUUUUAAAUAUGGUACUUAAUAUACCAACAUGUAAUUGCCAUUUUGUCUAAAUAAAAAACACAGUUUUGGCUACAUCUGCUACAAUACAGUGCUCAAUUGAAAUGCAUUGUACUGUAUAUAAUUUGAUUAGAGCGUUUUGUAAUUGAUAGUCAUCAUGAAUUAUUGAAUGGUCUCGAUACACAACUCUUGUUUUAAUUAUUUGUGCAUUAGCAUUGUCAAACAUGAAUAGGCUUGUUAGCAUUUCAUAUUAUUCACACUUGGCUUGUAUGUGUUCUUUUCCCCCCUUUAGAAGUUUAGUGUGAGUGUAAUAUUGAUACCUUGUAAUUAUUUUAUUGGUGCCUAGACAUUUCAUGAUAUAUUUGUAGUCGAGUUCACAUCAAUUUUGCUUAUAGCAAAACACCAAAAAGAGAUUUGUUGACUCUGUAAUUUACAAUAUUGACAGUCAUCUGUCCUGACAAAUAAGAUUGUUCUCAAGUGUUGAAAUCCACUGCUUUGGAUUUAUUGCAAGUGCAUUUUCUGAAAUAUUUUAAGAUGUUUAUAUAAACAACUUUUAAAUCUGGUAUUCACGUGACGCAAGAGAUGGAUUUAAAUGUCAUGAAGAUGUACCUGGUAUUCAUUGUACAGUCGUACAAUAAGCACAGUUAUGCCUUAAUCAGAUGAACUUGUGAAACUUUGCAAAGAGCUGUGAUAUGUACAAUUAUCAAUGUUUGAACUUGAAUAAAAUGUUCAGGGUGUGCUACACGUUCUUGUA